AUGGAUCUUAGAACCCCUUUAUAAUUUGAGAUUGAGUAUAAUGAACCAGCUUAAUAAGAGGAAAGUUAUGAAGAUAUAUGUAAAAAUAGAAAUCAUAAUAAUAACAUAUUAUAAGAUUAAUUCUAAAACAAAGUAUUAAUUGUAAAUUUAUUUUUGUAGAUAGUAUAAAUAGUAGAUGACGAUUCAAUAUCAGCUCUCAAUUUGUCAAGAAAUCUAUUAAAUAAGCAAAAUUAACCUUUAUCACCCUUAAUUGAAAUAGUAAAAUACAGAAUCCUGAUAAAAAGAGGAUUAGAAAAAAAUCCAUAACAAACAAAAAAUAUAAUAAUCAAAUUACAUCUAAAAGCAUCCAUUAUGAUAUCGGUUCAAAGAAGACUAAUUAAUGGAAUUAAUGCAUAAUAAUAAAUAGCAAAAUUAUUUAAUUCAAUUAUUGGAGAUGAAAGAAAUAUCAAUUAUUUUGAUUUAUUUAAACUUGAAUCCAUAGACCCACUUUUAGUAAUAGAAGUACUUAAAACUAUUUCAAAAAAUAAUUAACAUUUAGAUUAAGAUAAUUAAUUUGUAAAAUUACUUUCAGAUGUUUUAUCUAUGGAACAAAUAGCAUAAGAUUAAGUAAUUUAAGGAUAUCCCUUAAAGUAUAACCCUCAAAUUCUUUCUGAAAAUUUAGUUAGAGAUGAAUCAUUAACCUGUAGUAUCUUCUCAAUUCUCUAAAGAAAUUUAUUGAUCAAUAGAUAAUUUUCUUAAUUUGAUUAUAAUUAGAUAAUCAAUAAUUUAAUGAGACCUCUAAAUAUUUAAGACAAUAGAAUGUUGUUCACACCUAAAUAAUUAGAUGCAACAGUAUUAUUCCUAAGUUUGUUGAUUAGAAAUUAUGAUCCACAUUUAAAUAACUAAAGAUAAAAUGAACUUACUAAAAUUGUUGAAUAUUACAUUAAUCAAGUGUUUAGCUUGUAAAAACCAACUCAAAAUGGUUAUGUAUAAAUAAAUGAGACAGACGCAGAUCUUAUUAUGAAUUCUUGCAUUAAUGCAUUAAAUUUAUAAAUAAAUAAUAACUAAUUUCUUAUAGAUGGAUUUUAGACUAAUAACAAUAAUACAGAUAAUGAACAUUAACUAACUAAAAUGAUUGUAGAUUCUCAUGUUUUAGGCUAUAUUGCAAAUAUAUUGCAAUAGCCAGGAUAAUUUACUAAAACUGUCCGCCAAGCUUUACGAUUAAUUUCUUCUUUACUUAAUGCAAAUUUUUAAGAGAUUGAUAAAAUUGUUAGUUCUAACUUACCUGAUGUUUUAAAUGAAAUCAUUCUAAAAAUGAGUACUGAUAAAAUAGAUCCAGAAUUAAUUAUGGCUAUAAUAUAUUUUUAUGCAAAUAUAACAAAAGGAGAAGAAAUUAAUAAAUUCAAUGAUUAUGCAAAAGUAUUUCUAGAUCGCCUAAUAAAUUAUCAUUUAAUUGUUUAAAAUAAUAUUUAUGACUUAAGUUUGUUAUAUUUAGCAAUAUUUAUAAAUGAGUAUAAUUACAUAAAUGAUAAGAGUAAAAUUUAAAUACAUGAAAUAUUAGUAAAAUUAUUAGGAUAAUUGUUGGAAGAAUUAAAUAACUAACAAUAAAAUUUAAACUUUAAUUAAGAUUUUGAAUCAUAAUUUUAAAAAAUUCAAAAGAAAAAAACAUAAACUUUAUUAUUUCAUCGUGAAUUAUGUAAUUAACAAAAUCAAGGCUUAUGUUAAUAUUUAAAAGAGCAAUAAUAUUUUGAUAUGUUAGCUAAAUUAUUCAAAAUCCCUAACUUCAAUAAGUUCAUUAUUAUUCAAGUAUUUUAUUUGUAUAUUUUAGGGUUUUAACUCUGGUUAAUGUCUAGAAAAAGCAUUAUAAUUAAUAGAUGAAUGGGAAAGAGAAUUAGGAUCUACUUUAGAAAGAGUGACAUUUUUGCAUUUCAAUUAAAAAAUGCUUAUAGAAAAUUGUUCUAUUUAAACUUAUUAGAUAGCUUCACGUUUGUCAGAGAUUUUACAUUAUCUAUCAUAACUUUAAUUUUAAAAUAAUAAUUUAGUCAAUAAUUAAAACUAGUCUGCUAAACUUAUUGAUAAAUGUUGUGCAUUAUUGGAAAUAGUUUUAGUCACUGAAAAUGAGAAUAAAAAUUCUUCAAUUAUUUUGUUUUAAAUUUUAAGAUAAGCGAUUAGAUAAUAAUAAAAUAAUAUGAAUAAUCUGCAACCAUUAAGUAGAUUAUUAAUUAGACUUAUUAUUGAAUCAAAUAAUCAUCCCACUAUGACUCUUUAAUUACUAAAAAAAAUAAAUAAUAGUUUUAAUUUAGUUAAUUUAAAUUAAAAUAUUAAAAAGAUUAUUAUUGACUCAAAAUUUGGAAAUCAUUUGUAAGAUGUUAUAUAGAAUUAUAUUUUAAUGAUUAACUCUGAUAGCUCAAACACAUAACUCAUAAAUUAAUUAGGGGAUGAAAUUAAUAAAAUUUUAGAAUACUUAUAUAGAAUUCCUAAUAUUCCUACAUAAGGGACUGAUUUGUUAGUUAUAUCUAAAAUAAUUUCAGAUAUAGGUUCUCUAAUAUAAAUAACAAAAAAUUCAUCACAAGAAAGCAUUAAAAAAAUUCAGAUAUUCUUAUUAUAAGAAGCAAGUUUUAUUUCUAGCCCAAGAUUUUUAAAAAACUUUGAUGGCAUUUCCUAAAAUAGAAUUCAUGAAUAAUUAAUGAUUCAACUAGAAUAAAUGGGGUACUAAAGUUAAUUAAUAAAUAAUGUACUUAUGGAAAAUCCUAGAAUAAGAAAUGCGGGUUAAUUUAUUGAUUUUGUGACACUGAAUUAAUAGAGACUUGAAUCAGAAGGUACAUUAACUCAAUAAAGUGAUGAAUUAAUUAUCCAAUAAAUCAAAAUUUAAUAAGAGUCAAUAAGACUACAACUUAAAGAAAAUAUUAAGUUAUUUUCAAACUUUGAUAAUUUGAUUGGACUUGAGAUACAACUUAAUUUAUCAGAAAUAUUAAGCAUUUUAUAGUCAUCUGUUUAGAAUUAAUUUAACCUAAGUCUACAAUUUUAAGGCGUUGAAAUUGAAAUGUCUAACCAACCUGAUUAUAACUUAUAAAGUAUUAUUUUAGUAUUAAGCUUGCUUUAUAGACAAUAAAUAUAAUAAUAAUAGAUAGAAUAAUAAUAAUAAUAAUAAUAAUAAUAAUAAUAAUAAUAAUAAUAAUAAUAAUAAUAAUAAUAAUAA